AUGCAGGCAAGGUCGCUGAUCAUAUUGGCUGUUCUGGCGGUGGCGAACGCACAAUUCCCAAAUGGGCGCAUCCUGGAACCUCCAGUGCCUUCACACUGUGCUAAUCGCGUCAUCCACGAAAGAUAUUCCGAUAAUAAGGGAUAUUUCUUCUCGUGGCGGGACCCGGCACUUCGAGGUGUUGAGGAAGACUGGUUGAGUGCAAGAAACUACUGCAGGCAACGGUGUAUGGACCUUGUCUCAUUGGAAACCAGCGAUGAAAAUGAAUGGGUCAAGGCACGGAUCGUGCAGGACAAGGUAAAAUACAUAUGGACAUCGGGCCGGCUCUGCGAUUUCAAAGGUUGUAACCGUCCUGAUCUGCUACCUAAUGAAGUCAACGGUUGGUUCUGGACGGCUGAACUGCAGAAGUUGGCGCCUACCACCAACCGUCAACAAAAUGACUGGUCUGAGGGUGGCGGCAUCGGCAAACCUCAACCUGACAACAGGGAGCAGUUUCAAGGCGGUGCUGCUGAACACUGUGUAGCAAUCUUGAAUAACUUCUACAACGACGGCGUACACUGGCACGACGUGGCUUGUCACCACCGCAAACCCUUCGUCUGCGAAGAAAACGACGCCCUCCUCAAAUACGUCAGAUAUACGAACCCCAAUUUACGAGUUUAA